AAAACCUGUCCAAUGCUGCCUUGCCUGAACUGUGAUAUCGUUUUAGAAUGCCAAGAAUCGACGAACUAUUCCAACCCUCUUCGAAACGCCGCAGGUCCGCCGACGAGAAGGCAGACGAUGAGUCCGCGCAGGCUCCAGCUUCAAAAUUACCCAAAAGAGACGCACCGGACGUAUCUCCCGCAAUCAAUGUAGCGCUUCGUAGGGUUAUCAAAAAGUCACCAGGACUAGAUUUGCUAUACUUUAAGCAGUUUAUCACUAAAUCGAUGGCGAAAGAGUUCAUGACGUGGUGUCUCGAGUCACUGAACUGGUACAAGGUGCAAUACAAGAUCAGAGGAAUGGAGGUCAACACGCCACGAUUUACGACUGUCUUUGGAAUUGACGAAACCAAGUCUCCCGCAUCAUUCUACAAACAGCCACCUCGUCCGAUUCCCAUGCCACUUCAGAUCCUCAAAGCGCAUGUCGAAAGUGCAACGGGUGCCACCUACAACUUUACCCUCCUAAACUAUUACCAUGAUGGUUCCCACUCUAUCACUUAUCAUGCAGAUGAUGAGUCCUUCCUUGGUCCUAACCCCUCCAUAGCCUCGCUGACGUUGGGCGGAACGAGGGACUUUUUGAUGAAACACAAAGAAGAUAAAUCCAAGAAGGAGAAGUUUGUCCUGGAAGACGGGGAUCUGCUGGUGAUGCAAGGGACAACACAGAAAGAAUGGCUCCAUGCCAUUCCGAAGCGCGCAACGGCUUCACCAAGGAUCAACAUUACUUUCCGAAAGGCGAUUAAUGUCGCUGGCACGAACAAUUAUUACAAGUAUAACGUAGGAGAUGGUGCAAGUUAUCGUUAUAUAAAUGGGAAGAUGGUGCCUUCCACCGACGCGAUGACUGGGAAGGCUUUGUAGGGCACACUGGUAUUGAUGCUAAGACUAGUCUGGGCAGCUAGCUAACUACGCUCGCGAACUAUAUACACCUUCUGAUCAAACCCUGCACGGUAUAUCGCCCUACCCGAAAACAACGUCAAAGUUAUUAGCCAUCAACUCCAACGCAGCCGCUUGCGGAGUCAAUGGAGCACAGCACCAAUCGCCUUGGAUACAUUUUUCAAAGUCAUCGUUCGUCAAGCAUGUCAGCAUGAUCUCCCUCUCGUCAUCCUCUGUCAAUUCCGCAGCAGACAACGUGGGUAGUAGUGGACUCAGGGGUGGAGCUUCAGCUGCUUCUUGCGGACGGAAUCCUGGGACAGGUCGCAGAUCGCUGAGCUUGAUAAGAGGUGUUUGCGGCUGGCUUGCUGAUGAGGGUGGGCAGUAUUUUUGAGGAAGAAUGAGAGGUGCGAAUGAUGAUGAGAGGCUAGUGAUAAGGGUAUGUGGAUGAGGAAUCGUUAUUCGGGAUAGUCUGUUGAAGUAAAUCGUUAUACGAGGAUCUUUUCGCGGUGCUAGGCUUACACUUGGUUCUCACCUGUGAAUGUGUCCAAUAAUGGCCUUUAAAAAGAGAUAUCGUUUUCGAUCCAAGUUGAAAACCUCUGAUCGUAGAAAGGAGAGCUUAUCCUGGUCCGUAACCCCUGAUUUACCUAGUAAAUGACAAACAUAUUCAAGUCAGAAGAUGUAAGGCAACCUGUUGAUAGAAGAGCAGCAUACCCAUAAAAGUCAACAUUCUGCCAGCCGCAUCAUCGGGCAAUAACCCCUUAUUUGUUGGUACACCCGCAUCCCC